AUGGACACCCUGCCGACUGAGCUGCGGAUGCAGAUCGUUGAGGCGCUCUACGAAGAACCCCCCAAUGAUAUCCGCCCUGCCGCCUUCAAGCCUAACAGCUUCCUGGACAACAUCAGGUCCGUCCGCCUUGCCAGCAGGUCUCUCAAUGCUGCCGCCAGCGAUAUCUUCCUCAAAACCUUCUUUCACAACCGCCUAGUUCUGCUAGAGCGCAAGAGCUUAUCAAGGCUUUAUCAAAUCGCUACGACGCAACCCUUCAGUCGCUACCUUCAGCACAUUGUAGUCCUGGCAUACCAGUUCUACCCCGCCGCCUGUGAGACUUACGACAGCUUUUGGCUCCGCAUGCAGACAAACGCACAGUCAGAAUACCCCUGGAUGAGCGAGACGGGUGUUUUCGAGCAGUUCACGAAAGACGACGAGGCCAAGGCCGAUUAUCCCAAGGCCAAGGCUGCCCACAAGAUUUACCAGGAGUGCCUUGAGGAUCAACAAAACUUCUACAAGGAUUUCGCUCAUGUUGGUCUGCUUGCUCGCAUCAUCAAGGAGCUUGACUCUACCCUCCAAAGUGUCGAGGUGGAAGCUCACACACCGAGAGCAUACCGCUCAAGGAUCAUGCGCGAGGUACCUAUGCCUUUGACCGACGAAGAAUCAGAGACUGCGCACUCCCAGGCGGUAUCAACUGUCGUUCGUGCCAUGCAUCGUAGCGGUGGCCGCGGCCCAUGCCACUUUGAAGUUACCGGCCUCAGUCUCAACUCAAUUCGGCUUCCUGCCAUUCAACGGAGCCGAUUCCUACAGGUGAAUGUGAAGCACCUCCACAGCCUCCAUCUCUUCUUAGCCUUUCCAAGGGGCAUGAGCGAGGCCGAUGGUAGCGAGCUUCAACGAGAAUUAAUGAAUGGCUUCUUGAGCGACUUCUUGGCAACCGCCCCCUUCCUCGAGGAUAUUCACCUGCACUUCCCGGAAAGACUCGAGUUUCCUGUUCCAUUCAAAGCCCUCCUCGGAAAGCGCAUCAACAAGCUCAAGGGCCUGUCGCUCCUCGGCAUCUCGGUCCACUUCCAAGAACUUGCUAGAUUCCUGACUACCCACAAGCAGCUGGAACGCCUUCGGCUGGAUGACAUACUCCUUCGCAGUGGCACCUGGCGCGGCAUCUUCAAGCUCCUCCACAAGGGGGACUUUCCUGGCCUCUCCGUAUUCGAGGGUCACAACCUCGUCGACAAGCACGCACUGAUUCACCUUCCCGGCGACAACGUCACCAGCUACGUCCUCAACGAGACGGACGAGGUCGACUGGAAGACUAUGGAGCUACACAAGUGCACUGUAAUAACAUCGGCCGUGGCGAUGGUUGCUCUGUUGACUGGUGCUCUUCCGGAUCAAAUCGCCCCGGAUGUAACUCUCCCCUUCAUUGCUUAUGAUGUCGACAACCCUGGUGGAGCGUUGGAUGAAGAGCCUGGCGAGGAUAAUGGCGAGGAUGAGGGAAAUCAGCACUUAUUCCAUGAUAUCGGGGAAGCUUCUUCCCAGUCCGACGUCGACCCUACGGAGUAUUACCCAGGAUCCGACUCAGAGCCCGACGACGAGCUCAUGCCGGGGCUGGACGAGUCUUCUGACGAGGAUAGCGACAGCAGCAUUGACUUGGCGCUUGAGGAUGGCGACGAGUGGGAAGAGGACAGGAGUGCCGAUGAGGACGGCUACUUGUCAGACGAUUCAGCGACGGACAAGGCUGUCGAUGCCAUCAUUGCUGCUCUCUGA